AUGGCGGCGCCGGGCUCCAGGCCCUGGCCGGAGGCGCCCCAGGGUCUGGAGGUGGCUCUGCAGAAGCUCGCGCUGCGGCGGAAGAAGGUGCUGAGCGCCGAAGAGACGGAGCUUGCGCUCGGCCGACCCCCGACACUCCUGCUCUCCCGCCCCCCCAGGCCCUUGUCGGACCCCCAUGAGGCCCAGAGUAGAGUCGGGGUCUUGAGGGCGGCAGCCACGCCUGGCGUGGGCGAGAAGGGCUCCCUGCGCACCGCGUCUGCCCCCUCCAGGCUCCUGGUGGACCUGCUGAAGCCGAACGUGGCCCCCCUCGCCGUUUUCCAGGUGCUCAAGUCCGUGUGUGCCGGGCAGAGGCUGGCGAGCGAGCCCCAGGACCCUGCGGCCGUGUCUCUGCCCACAUCGAGUGUGCCUGAGAUGAGAGGUCAGACUCGGGCCCGGUGCUCCCUGCCCUUGUGGCCCGUGCGGCCAGGUGGCAGGGGCGGGGAGGUGGGCAGCGCCCUGCGCGGUGCGGGCUUGGCCCUCAGUGGCCAGGCCUUUCUGUCGAUCUUCUCCCAGGACCCCCUGGGCCAUCCAGGGGUCGCCCCUUGAGCUCCAGUCCCCAACUUCGGCUUGGCUGCCGCCCUUGAGAGAGCACGUCCAGAUCGGGUGGGCUCAGAGGGGGUGCCCCAGAGAGACCCGAGUAGGCUGGGCCUCAUCCGGGACUUUCGCUGCCCCAGACUCUUCUCACCUCUGGGCUCCUGCCUUCACUCCACAAAUGCGAGAACAAGACUGCUUUGGUUCCUGUUCUCACGGUUUGUACAGGCUCCAGGGACGUGCUCAGGGCGUGGCCUUCUUGCCACCCCCUCACCUGUACCCCAUGCGGGCCCAAGUCCUGCUCAGGAGUCUGGCCAGCUGAGCUUCCCUCCUCCGGUUCCCACGAGACGAGGUCAGGGUGGCAGCCCCUGGCUGCCCUAGACGCUCAGGGUGCAGAGGCCUGAGUGGUAGAGCACUGGGCUCAGGUGUGAGGGGCCUCCUCACUCUCAAGGGUCAUGAUGGGGAUGAACAGGUGCUGGUGACCAGGUGUCAUGGUGGAGCUCCAACUGCAUCCUCCCCCUGUGACACUUCUGCUCCCAGUGGCUAUCAGAAACCCUCUGACAUGCAGCCAAACCUCCUGGGGUGGCUCCUGGGCCAGAAGCACCAGGGCUUUCACAGACCCACCCACAGGGGCAUGGCCUGCCCUCCACCCAAAUGUCAGCCCCAUCUCGGGGUGAGUGCCAGGGCCCUGGGUACCCGCGUUCCCCAUCCUGUGAGGCCCCGGGCACUCGAGCGCAGUCCUUCUCACUGACCCAUGCUCUCUCUGUGUCUCUCUCUGACCUCCAGAGGCCUCCUUUCUCUCUGCCAAGAACUGUAGCCUCCCUGCAAGGCCCUCCUUUUCCUGGGCCCCAGGGCCUGCGUCCUCUGCCAUUCUGCUCCACGGCCCAGCUGCCACACACUUGCCUCUCUCUCCCGGGCCCACCAGCUCACUUGCUGCCCAUUCUCUCCUUUUACAGGUUGUGUUUAUUGGUUGAUCUCUGGGGGUUGGUGUGCUUUCUUUUUUCCAUGGAAACUGCCCUGGCCCCCAGAAAGCCAGAGCAGCUUCGAGCUGCAAGGGCAGGACCUU